AUGCCAAACAUGCUACUACUCAGGACAUUGCCUAAGCGCGGGGUCUUUUUGCCCCGCUUCGCACAAACACAAGUGCCCACGGCACAGCUACUGGCUGGCCGUCUCGUCAGAAUGCACAACUACUCGACGUUCAACGCAGGGGCCGCGGGCGCUGCGGGCGCCGCGGGCGCCGGAGCCAGGUCUGAGAACGCCAAACAGAAAAAGAGCCAGCCUCUGUGGCCACGCAUAAGGGCGUUUGCCUCGUUCACGGUUUCCGGGGCGUUGGUCGUCGGAGCUUCCGGUCUGGCCGGGCUCGUAAUCUACUUGAUCCUGACUGAACUCUUCUCGCCCUCCGGUGACACGCGCCUGUUCAACCGCGCGGUGUCGAAGGUAGAGUCUGACGUGGUGGCACGGGAGAUGCUGGAGUGCCAAGACACCGGAACCUCGAGGGAGAGACUCAAGGCCUACGGUGAGCUGCUCACGGACGACAAAUGGACACGCAACAGACCGAUCUCUUCUGCGAGACGGAUGGGGAAGGACGGGAAGGAGCACUACUACAUGCGCUUCCACGUCGAGUCCAAGCGGAAGAUGGCCCUGAUCCACGUCGAGGCACGCGAGUCCGAAAAGCAUUACACGCCCGAUCUGAUAUCCAUGUACAUGGACGUUCCAGGUCAAAAGCGCUACUACUUCAUCAAGCCCGAAGUCUCGGUGAUUAGACCCAAGGGCAAGGGGUUCCUGGGAGUCAACUGGGGACCCAAAAAGUGA